AUGGUAAAAGGUAUUGUUUUUGAGCCAGAAGUUGUUAUUUUUCCAAAUACAUACAUCUCUGAUGUCUCAAAACUUACCAUCACUGUCAAGAAUAACUCACAUCAGAAUCACAAACUAUCAUUUCGAACGUAUAAAACUAAAUCAGAAGAGCAAGCACUCAAAGAAGAUUUAGAUAUAUAUGAUCCACUUGCACGUGCCAAAUUCAACAAAUCUUAUGCAUUUGAAUCAGAUACUUUCUAUAUAGAACCUCUUGAAUUAGAAGUUUGGUCUGGAACUUCUCAACAAUUUUUCAUUACAUACGCACCAAACAUUGCGAUAAGACAUGAUACUACUGUAUACGUACAAGUUGACGAAGAAGAUGAAAGAUUAGAACUAAAAUUAAUCGCAUUAGGUCUGCCUCCUGUUGCACAGUUGAGCAAUCCAGCAAUUAACAUUGGAAAUAUCUUCUUAGACUCAAUUUGCGAAUACGAGGUUUAUUUAGAAAAUUGCGGAAAUGUUCCUGUUGAUUUUAUUCUGGAAAAGCAUCCUACAGGUAAUCUUGGUUUCAAGUUUAAUCCAGAAACCGGACAAGUUUUAGUAGGAUCAAAAAUUCCAAUUAGAAUUACAUUUAUUGCUUCAGCUGUUGGCAGUUUUCAUGAACUAUUUACAUAUAAAAUUAGAGGUGCUACAAAUAAAUUCCCUCAAAUUGCUCUGACAGGAAAAGUUAUUGGACCUUCAUUUGAAGUUUCGAUGCAUCAAUUAGAUUUCGGCUCUGUUGGAUAUGGAUUUAUGCAUACUCAAACAUUUAUUCUUGAAAAUACUUCAGAAAUACCUUUCGACUUUACUUUUAGAUUAUCAGCGAAUUCAACAUUUGAACAUCGUGAAUUUCGAAUAGACCCUGAGCAAGGAACUAUUGGAAAAUUCCAGAAACAAGAAAUUUCAAUAGAAUUCAUACCAUUCGCCAUUCAAGAGUACAAUUUAACCUUGUUAAUGGAUGUAGCACGCUAUGGCCUUGCUUUGUUAGAGAUACCAAUCAGAGCUAAGAGUGUCUGCCCCUCAAUUAAACUAAUUCCAGAUGUAGUUGAUUACCAAACUGCUUUCAUUGGGUACAAAUACGAAAACAAGAUCACAUUAAAGAAUGACUUUCCAUAUCCAGCAAAAUUCGAAUUCAUAAGCGGCCAAGAUAACCAUAGGAACGAUAUUGAAAUUGCUUGCGAUAAAUUGAGUGGAAUUAUACCAGCACUGUCAAGCACAGAAGUAAUUAUAUUCUCAACAUGCAGAAAAAUAGGUCCAUUACAAAAAUCUUGUUUGUUCAGCAUUUUUGGAUCUGAUGAACCGCCUUUAAUGCUUAAUUUCACUGCAAACUGCGUUGGACCAAAUGUUUCGUUUAGUACAUCUUCAAUAAACUUCGGAAAUCUCCAAGUUUUAAAGGAAACUAAGCAAAUAAUUGAAGUCAAAAAUAAUUCAUUAAUCGAUGCUAACUUCAGAACAUCGUUGGACUCUCCAACAGGUGGAUUUAGCGUUUCUCCUUCAAGCGGUGUGAUAAAACCAAACGAAACUUUGCAACUAGACGUGAUUGCAUUUUUGAACGACAUUUUACAGUUUCAAGGAACCAUAAAAUUUGGAAUUGAUUAUCUAAACUCAUCAAAUAUUGCAUUGAAGGCACAGGGAGUUGGAUCUCCAAUCAUUCCUGAUAUUGAUCAAAAAACUAUUGAUUUCGGAACAGUUUUAACGCAGCAACCAUCGUCAAAAGUCUUCAAUAUCACCAACAAGAGCCACAGACCAGCGGAAAUACGUUGGUCUGUUCAAAAACCAAAAAUAUUGAAAGAUUUACCAAACGAUUUUUCGUUUGUUGUUGAACCAGAACAGACAUUUCUUAAUCCUCAGCAGAGUUGCGAGGUUAAGAUGACAAUCCAGUGUUCAAAUCCAAUUUCAUUUACAUUAAAUACAACCUGCAACGCAAUGGUUGGUCGAUCAAGGAUUGAAGCCUUCCAGCCUCUAAUAAAAGGCACUUUCAUCUCUCCUUCGAUACAAAUAGAGCCAUCUUCAUUAGAUUAUCAAGUUCUUCUUCCAUAUGACAAAGAGAAGGGCGACGACAGAUCAUUAGUUUCGCCUCCGUCAGACAUUCUCCAGCCAAUUCCAAAGGCUCUUACUCUAUCCAAUAUGUCAAAAUUACCAAUAGAAAUGACAUGUUUGAUGCCAAGUCACUUUUUCAUUGAAAAUUUUGAAAAUUUAUUCAGCAAAGAAGGGGAUGAAGAAAGUGUUUUGAAGAUCAAUCCAGGGGAGAAGAAAGAUCUCACAGUUGUAUUUGAUCCCAGCUUCAAAGAAGAGUUCGUCACUGAAGAAUACACAAGAAAAAUUGUUUUCUCAUACUUGAACAAUCCCCAAUCUAUUUCUUUGCCAUUACACGUGAAUGUUGAGUUCCCAAACAUCAAAAUCACUCCAUCUGACGAAAUAAACUUCGGUAUAUUGAUGAUGGACACAGAAAAGACAGUAAAAGUCACUGUCCAAAACAUUGUUUCUAUUCCAGUAAAUUUCACGUGGAAAAUGGUCUCAGACAAUUUGGAUAGCGCCAGAGUUUUCGACGUGUUUCCUCUCGACAGUUGCCUCGAACCAGGCCAGUCUGUUGAUAUCUAUUUCUCUUUCUACGCGCUCAAUGAUGAAAAUGAACUGAGAACAAUAGAGUAUUUUGCCGAAGCUGUUUGCUCUGUGAUGAAUGGCCCUGAUUACAGACUGAAACUGAAGGGAAGUAGCGCUCCUAUUCAAUAUAACGUAGCUCCGACCGAUUUCGAUUUCACCGGAAAAUCAUUUACUGAGGAAUUGAACGACAAAAUUGUUUUGACAAACAAUUCCGCUGUAGAAAUACAGUUCGAGGUCAAGCUGCCAAGACACUCCAAAUUCAAACAGCUCAAGAUCGAGCCAAUGAACGGAAUCGUUUCUGCAAAUGAUUUCGUCGAAUUGAAUUUGUCAAUUUUGCCAUCAGCACCAAACUUCGUCAGAGAGAGUUUUUACGUACAGAUCAGUGGAUUUGAUGACGUUCAGAUAAAUGUUAGAGUUGAUUCCUCAUUUGCACAAGGAAAACUCUCAUUGCAAAGAUGUGAAGAUGACCCUUCAGUGAACAAUCUUUUGACAAAUCCAACUCCAAUAAAAAGUGUCAAAUCACAAGGAAAAGUGAAGAAUCAGAGGAGUGGAACAGCGCAAAGCAUACAAGUGUACAGAUCAGAGAACAUUGCAGAUAAGAUGCAGCAACUUGGCGAGGACAAAUUGCUCAAGGAAGAACAAAAAGUUCUGAUGGACAUAAUGAAAGGAAAGUCAAUUUACGUCCAUUCUGCACACUACAAGAUCGAUUUCGGCGACUUAGUAAUGGGCGAAAACAGAGAGAUAGAGUUCAACCUCACUAACAUUUCCACUUUCUCAUAUUCAGUAAAUGUUGAUUCCUCAGCCCUGAAGAGAAGUGGGUUCAAGAUCGAGCCAAUCGCACUGAAGGGAAUUUCGCCAAACACAGAUGUCAGUUUCAGAGUGAAUUUCAUGACUGAAAACAGGAAAUUGAAUGAAAUCGGUGAGGUUUCAUAUGAUGUUCCUUUUGUUUUCAGUGACAACCACAGCGUGCUUGUGACAAUCAGAGCGAAUUUAAUUCAUCCUUCGCUCACUUUCUCAGAAAAGUCAUUUGAUUUCGGCCAAGUUAUUAUUGGCCAGAUGAAGACAAUGACUCUUCAGCUGCAGAAUAUGAAUUCUGUUGCAUGCGAGUUCACUUUCGGCGAUGUUGUUUUUAACAAAUCCUCAAAAGGAAAUGUUUUUGUUGUGACUCCAUUGCACGGUGUUUUGCCUCCUUCCUCUUUCAUGAACAUAACAAUCACUUUCUCGCCGACAUCCGAAAAGAAUUACAACGCUAAAUUCCCUGUUAACUUGAGGUAUUCGCCAGAACCAAUAGAGAUUCAAUUAAAAGGUAUCGGAAUCCAGUACAAACUCGAGUUCGAUCCUCCCAACUACACAUUCCCAUUAACACAACUCUUCAAAGAACCGCUUUCAACAAUAAUCAAAAUUAGAAAUCCAACAAACUACUCAAUUGAAUUCUACUCGUCACAGUUCGACCAGAAACUGCAGGAACUCAUUGAGCAGCAGCAGAAGACAGACCCAAGAGAGGAUGGAGAGAUGCCGUUUGUCACAUAUACUCCAAAAGCGAAAACCCCAGCCGCAGCUUCGAAAUUUGGAAUCUGCAUCAUUUUGUCUGGAAUACAGAGAUCAGGAAAAACAUCUGUCGCAAACCACUUGUCAAAGGAACUCAAUCUACCAAUUAUUGACCUCAAGAAAGUUUGGCAGGGUGUCAACCAGGAAGACUAUGUUUCCAAACUCUACGGAGUGCUUUGCGAAACUCAAAAUAGAAACGGUUUUAUAAUAGAUAACCUUAAUAUUUCCGACACAAAGAACGAGAACGAGCAAUUUAUACAACAGAUGCUGAAGAACAAAAAUGCAUUGGAUGAAAUCAGCAAAAACCUGAUGUACAAUGGCCAACACCAAACUCCUUCGACAUACGAAGAAUGCCUUGGAUACCUCCUUCAAUCAUUGGACGGACAAUAUGUUUUCCACAUUUCUCUGACACUGUCGAAAGAAGAGCUCCAAAUCAGACUAGAAAAACAGAAACAGAACGAGAAUUUGACUAAAGAAUCAAACGAAAUGAAGGAAAUCGAGUACUUGAACAAGAUGACGACAGAAGAAUACUUAAACAUGCCAGAAGAACAGAGAAAUGAAAUAGACGAGAAAAGGCACUUCUACAGACAGAAAAUACUCGACAAAAUCAUUGAAACAUCAAGAUCUGAGAGAGAAGAAGAUGAAAAUCACAAGAAAUCAUCUAAAAAGGAAGAAAACAAAGACAAAAACAGCAAAAAGAAUGCAAAAGCUGUAAAUCUCGAUCCUCUUCAACAAGAAAUGCUAGUUUACCAGUUCUCUUUGUCAUCAAUGAUCACUAAACUCGAAUCUGCAGGAGACAGAUACAAAACAAUUGAUCCGAGCGAACUCUGCUUGAUCGACAGUUCAAACGCUGUUUUAGUCCACAAAAAUUCAAUUGUAAUAAAUGGCGGUCUGCAGUUUAACGACGUCAUCAACCAAAUAAACGCAUUCCUUCCUCCUGUGAAUAUCAUCAAAGAAGCAGCCUUCAAGAGAAUGAUUCCAGAGCCAUACAUGACGAACGAAAACAUGGACGAAGAGAUACAAAUGGCAAAAAAAAUUCCACGCCACUUUUAUAUACAAAAUCCAGAAGAUGAGUCAAACAAAUCCACUCCUCACUGGUUCUUGGACAGUGGACAAGAGAUGGAAUUGAACGUCAAAUUCGAUCCACAGCCAAUAGGAAAUAUAUCUGAGGAGCUGACAUUUGUCAUUUGCAGAUGCGCUGCCUCUCCUUACGCAAUCAAACUGAAGGGAUCUGCGUCAUUCCCUGACUUCGAGAGAGACAUUAAGACAAUCUUCCAACCACAGACGAAGAAAGGAGAACCAGGCUACUCAAACGAACUGAGCUGUUUCACAUUCGGAAAUAGAUUGAUCUGCAAAGAGAAGCCUCCAAAAGGUCCUUUCCAAUACAAAGAGCAGAUGACAAUCAAGAAUACAACAUUAUUCCCUCUUGAAGUAUCUCCGAUGGUCGUUGAGUCCCAGAAUAAACAGUUCUUCGGUUUCGAGCCGGCACUUUUGACUUUGCAACCAGAUCAAAAAGGCGACAUCAACUGUCUGUUCCAUCCAACAACGAACGGACAGUCAUUUGCACUCUGCGCACUGUUUGUGAAGGACAACCCAGAUCCGUUCUACUUCACAGUGAGUGGAGAAACAUCUUCGCCGCAAAUAGACCUUAUUUCACAGCAAAACAUUGAUUACGAAAGGAUCUUGUCUAACUCAACAUCAGUAAAGAAAGUUGACCUCAAGAACACAGGAAAGGUAGCUGCAACAUGGCGUCUGAAAGGCCAACAGAACUUCCAAGGCCUCUUGACAUUUUCCCAGUCAGAAGGGCAAAUUUUGCCAGGAAAAACAAUAUCGAUCCAAUUGAAGUUUUCUCAUCCAAAGCCAGUUGUACUCAAGAAACCUUUGCAGAUAGAGAUACUCGACUUAGAUCACACCAAAGUUUUCAUGACUCACAACUUGAACAUCAGCGGCGAAGUAUUCGAUGUGAACUGCGAUGUUGUAUUUCCGAAAGGAAUGAACGACAGCUUCGAUUUCGGAUUGCUUAAAUGCGGCCAGUCGAAGAACAUACAAGUGCAGGUCAGAAACAGAGGCAAAUAUCCGAUAGAGUAUCACUUUUCUGCAAAUGAUAACACAGUCAACAUAAACAACCCUGACAACACAGUGAAUCCAGGUGAUAAAAAUAACUUGCAGAAUGUCACAUUCACAUUUUCAAGUAAUUCCACUGUAAAAAUCACAGGAAACAAAACAGUCUCUCUCAAAAUUGUUGACACCCAAACAAAGAGUGUUACAGCAAAUUUGACUUAUCCAAUCAACGCCGAAUCGUUCUUCUCCACUUACGAAACAGAUAUUCCAGCAAAGAUCCAAUUCGGAGAGACACAAGUCACUACUUCGUACAAGAAAGAGUUCACGAUCAAGAACACUGGUCCAUUCCCUAUUGAAUACAAUUUCACAGUGAAAGAGAUCAAGAACACUGAUAGCCAGCCAAUCGAAACAAACACAAAGAGUGAUGGAAAGACGAAGAACGACAAAAAAGCAGAGAAAUCCAAAGAAAAGAACGAGCCAAGUAAAAAUAAGAAGAACGAGAAAACAUUGUUCGCUGGACCAUUCCAAAUCUCACCAGGCUCUGCAACAAUUCAGCCAAACCAGACACAGACUGUUUCCUUCGAAAUCUUUGCAACUGACCAAGGGAAAUAUUCAUCAAUUGUGCAGUUAAAUGUCCCCGGAACCCAAUCUUCUUCUUCAACACUGACAAUGCGUUUAUUUGCCAAUGUAUCAAUGCCAGGAAUUCUCACAGAAAGUGACAAAGUCUUCAAGGAAAUUCCAAUUGCAGCAAGAGUCGAUGUACAGAGCAACACAACAUCAGACGCAAGCUGCUUCCUUGAAGAUGAAAACAUUCUCCACUUCGCGCAGAUUUGCCAGGGCCAGAAAUCAAAGAUAACUCUGAAUUACAUCAAUGUAACUCCAAUAGAAAUCACUGUCGACACAACAAUUAAGUCGAACACCAAAUCAAAGGCACCACUUCCUUUCGAUGUUUCAGAGAAAACAUCAGUUAUCAAACCUAAUUCCACGCAGAAAAUCGACAUCAUUUACAGUCCCACUGCAAUUGAGCAGACAACUUGCCAGUUUGAAGCUGUCGUUCGCGGUGGAAUCAACCCUCAGACGAAAUGCCUCAGAUUCGGCAUCGAAGGAUCAUCAACACUGCCUUCGAUCACUGUCCAGACUGCUCUGGAGAAAGGCAAGAACAACGGCUACUCCUGCAACAUGGGAAAGACUUUGGUCGGCCAAACAAAGCAAAAAGCAGUUUCCAUCAUCAAUGACAAACUUAUCCCAGCGAAAAUUAGUUUUUCAUACAAGCCAAAUCCAGAUUUCCUUGUUCAAAACGCAGAACUUAACAAGGAGAUCACUCUAGAGCCAGGAAGAACAUUCACUUUCACUGUUGUCCAUCAGCCACAAAAAGUCAGAAAAUCAAGUUUGGAUCUGACAAUAAAUCUCCCAGAAAACAACAAAUCGAACCAAUCAUUCAGUUUCUCUGGCGAAGGAUUCAGCGACGACAUCAUUUUCGAUGGUCUGACAGAGGAGAAUGAAUUGAACAUGCCCAGUGUCGUCGUCGGAAGGUCAACCAAUUACACAUUCACAAUGAGAAAUGUCAUCACAUCAGACGUGAGAUUUGUCUGGAAUGGACCGCCAGAACUUGUAUUCUCUCCGAAAGUCGGCCACAUCAGGAGCGGACAGAUCAAGGACAUCACAGUCAAGUUCUUCUCAGAGAAGCCGUGCAAGCUCAGCGGCGUAAAGACAACAUGUUCCAUCACAAAGAUUGUCUUAGAAAACCCAGAUGACGACUGGGAUGACACACAAAAAAUUGUUUCUUUCGUUCCAAAGAGCGAAUUGUCUCAGAAUGACAACUCCCCACGAAGGAAGACAAAGCCAGAGACAACUAAGAAUGACAAUGAAGUCGUCAAAAUAUCUCAAGUUCGAGCAGAACCUCCAUACAGAGCAAUUACAGGUGCUUCAUCGCGUGGUUCUUCUUCUAGGGACUUUUUGAUCAAAGUUUUCGUUUCUGCUGACGUAAUCAAAUACCAGAUCGACACGAACGAGGUCAACUUCGCCCCAACAAUGAUGUACCAGAUCAGAACGGCCGACGUAAAUGUCACGAACACAUCACAAAUCCGUCUUGAGUACGAGUGGAAAGAGGAAGACUUCAAAUCCCUCAAAACAGACUAUUCGAUCACGAGGCCUUCGCCAUUCUCUAUUGAGCCAAUGACAGGAAUCAUAGAGGCAGGCGAAGUGAAGACAUUUAAGGUACACUUCUCCCCAAUGGAAGUCGACGAUUUCACAUCUGUCUUCAGGAUGAUCAUUCCUUAUUUGACAUCUUCAGAACCUCCUGUUUUGAAUCUGACAGCGUUUUCAAGGAGACCUUUGUGUCAUUUCAACAUCCCUCCAUGUGACUACUUGACAAGGAGACAUCCAGACUUCGCCAACCAGGCGCUACCCGACUCAACAAGUGUCAUUGAGAUACUUUCCAAGGGAAGAGGAAAGGACGCAAAGACUAGUUUCAGAUUCGAAGUAAUUAAUCCAACAAGUAGCCCAUACGAGUGCAAGUGGUCACUAAUAACUGAUUCUAGUGGUGGAGCAAUAACAUGCGACAUACCAAAGGCUCUGAUUUCAUCAGGAAAACAUUAUUACUUCUCAUUCACUUUCACACCAAAGACUGGUAAGACAGUAGAGAGCUUAUGGGAAUUUUCGAUACCACAACAUGGCAUCAAAGCUUAUUUCUUAGUUGUUGGUAGAAAUUCUAGAUAA